GUGAGCGUGUUUACAGUUGUGUAAGCUAGCUUUGGUUUCAUCGGCCAGAGCCAUUGCUUCCGCUUUGGUUUCACUGACGGACUCUUCAAUCUGUCUUCCUCUAUAAAACCCAGCUCAGAUUGAUCAACUCUUUCACUGUAACGCGAACAAACCAAUGGCUUCUUCGUCAUUCUCCACGGCUGCAGCUGCUACGGCGUCCGCUGUGACUAAGACCACCUCUAGUUUCCCUCAUUUGUUAUGCAACACCAGCAACAACAACGUUCGCUCUUCCUCUCUCUCAAGAGUCUCCUUCCGGGUUUCUCCCAAACCCAAGCUCAGAUUUUUCACCAAGCCUGGUUGGAAGAGUUCUACGGUGGUGAAGGCCCAAUUGAACGAGGUAAGCUUCUUUCAACGGUUUUCAUUAGAAGAUCUGUUUUCGAACUUUCUUUCCUUCUUGCAAAUGCCUUUUGGGUCAUUUCUUCUCUCGAAGGUUGCUAUUGGUGGGCCAUCAAAUGAUUCGACUACACCUCAAUCUAAAUCAGACACAUCAGCAGUUGAAUCAAAGGAUUCGAAGCCAUCAGAUGAGUCGUCUGCUCCAGUCUUGGCUACGGAGGAAUCAAUUUCUGAGUUUAUUGCUCAAGUUACUAGGCUUGUAAAACUCGUUGAUUCGAGAGAUAUCGUGGAGUUGCAGUUGAAACAACUUGAUUGCGAAGUAGUAAUUCGGAAAAAGGAGGCAUUGCCUCAACCACCAUCACCUGCUCCAGUUGCUAUGAUGCAUUCUUUUCCUCCUUCAAUGGCAAUGCCGGCAACCCCUCCUCCAGCUGUGCCUGCACCUUCCAUCCCAUCAUCCUCUGCCCCAGCCACAUCACCUCCACCUCCACCUGCAGCCAAAUCAUCCAAGUCAUCAACCCCACCACUCAAAUGCCCUAUGGCAGGCACAUUUUAUAGAAGUGCAGCACCCGGUGAACCACCAUUUGUGAAGGUUGGAGACAAAGUACAGAAGGGACAGACUCUAUGCAUCAUUGAGGCCAUGAAAUUGAUGAAUGAAAUAGAAGCCGAUCGAUCUGGAACCAUAACUGAGAUCCUUGUUGAAGAUGGGAAGGCAGUCAGUGUUGACUUGCCUCUUUUUGUGAUCGAACCCUAGAGCUCGACUACAAAGUAGUCAAGUAAAGGGGUUCUGUAAUGAGACCGAGUAAAGAUCAAGAUUUGGGAGGGGGAGCAGGAGCAGUUCUUGUAGGCUGUAGCAUUGUGAUAUGAAGUGUUUGCUGGAAGAAUGUUUUGUUCAGAGUGAGUUGGUAGAGAUGUUAAUGACUAAUUAUUGAGAGAGUUUUUUUGCAUUACCUUUUGCCUUCUUUUUCAGAACCUCCAUUGCUUAAUCCGAGAUUUUUUUGGCUUACACUGGAAUUUUCCAUCAUAUGUAAUAAACACUGUAUCUUUAAUUCUUUAAUCUUUGUGUUGGGGGUUCUAAUUUAGGUGUUGUGAAGGGACAUUUUAGUUUAAUUUGAGACACUGAUUAAAAGAUAUGAAGUGUGGUUUAUUUGUUUCA